AGACACAAAGCAUGACUGUCACUGUUAUGUAUGUAGACGCAUUUACAUUGGAUUAUAGACCUUCUCUAAUUAAUCAUUUAAGAAGUUGGGAUUGGAUUGAAAAGAUAUGGGAUUUAUGGAACGAGGAAUAAUGUGGAAAAAACUGCCUGCAUGGCAGGUUUUUUUGUGGUGGCAUCACUUCUUCCUAUUGUGGACUACAAUAGACGGACAGACUCGUUACAGCAUCCCGGAGGAAGUGAAACAGGGCACUGUGGUAGGAAAUCUAGCCAAAGAUUUGGGUUUGGUUGUAUCUGAACUGUAUCGACGUAAAUUACGGAUAACCUCGGAAGCUGGUAAGCAGUAUUUUAGUGUGGACUUGGGGAAGGGGGAACUGGUGGUGAGUGACAGGAUAGACAGGGAGGAACUGUGCGGACAAAGACCGUCAUGUUUGUUGCCUUUGGAGCUGGUUAUAGAUAACCCCCUACAGCUGCAUAGAGUCGAAAUUGAAAUACGGGAUACAAACGAUAAUUCUCCUAGUUUUCUUACUAAAGAGAAACUGUUGAAAAUUGCAGAGCUGGUAAAUCCAGGCGCGCGAUUUCCUCUAGAAAGUGCACAGGAUCCCGAUGUUGGCACUAAUUCUGUACGCUCAUACCUCAUAAGCAAAAACGACAAUUUCAAGUUGACUGUUAAAAACCACAAGGACGGAAGAAAGAUCCCUGAACUGGUUCUCGAAAAACCUCUUGAUCGAGAAAAGCUGCCUGUACAUAAUCUUAUCCUCACCGCUGUAGAUGGCGGAGAUCCGGUGCGCUCAGGGAAUUCGGAAAUUAAAGUUAUAGUACUUGACAACAAUGACAAUGCGCCACAAUUUGAUAGACAGGUGUAUGAGGCUAAUAUCAGCGAAAAGGCAACACCUGGAACUGAAAUAUUGCAAGUUAAAGCUACAGAUGCAGACGAAGGACUAAAUGGAGAAAUUGAAUAUUUCUUUGCUGAGCAAACUACGGAUCAAAUUUUAUCAUUAUUUGACAUUGAACCUUCUACUGGAGGUAUUGUUGUCAAGGAUAUUUUAGACCAUGAAACAAAUUCUUUACACAGAUUUGACAUAAUUGCUAGAGACAAAGGCAACCCUAAAAUGGAUGGGCAUUGUAGCGUCGAAAUUAAAAUUGUUGACAUUAAUGACAAUGUUCCUGAAAUAAUAGUGACGUCUUUAACAACACAUGUUCCAGAGGAUUCUGCAAUUGGAACAGUUAUUGCAUUAAUUAGUGCAAAAGACCCAGAUUCAGGUGACAAUGGCAAGGUUACAUUGACCGUGUCUUCCAAAUACCCUUUCAAGUUAAAUCCAUCGGUUUCUAACCAUUAUUCAUUAGUGACGAAUGGGCCACUUGACCGUGAAAAAAAUGGCCAUUAUAAUGUCAAGAUAAGUGCCACUGAUUCUGGAAAACCCCCUUUAUCGAGUGAAAAAAUAAUACUAGUUGAAUUAUUAGAUGUAAAUGACAACCCACCUGUUUUCUCUCAGUCUUCGUAUGUCGUUUAUGUUAAAGAGAACCAUCCUCCUGGGAAGAUUUUGUACUCAGUAUCAGCCUCUGACCUGGAUUUUGGUGAAAAUGCUAAAAUCUCUUACUCUAUAAUGGAUUCUAAAUUGCAGGACGUUUCUGCCUCGUCGUAUGUUUACAUUAACUCAGAUAACGGCAGCAUCUACAGCAUGCAGUCGUUUGACUAUGAGAAACUGAAGGUGUUUCAGAUUCAGGUUCAGGCAAAGGAUCAGGGCUCUCCGUCUCUCAGCAGCAACGCCACUGUCCAUGUUUUUAUCCUGGACCAGAACGACAACGCCCCCGCUGUUAUUUACCCCUCCUCCGCUGCCCUGGGCUCCCUCUCUCAUCAGAGGAUGCCCCGCUCCGCUAAAGCGGGUCACCUGGUUACUAAGGUGACGGCCGUGGACGCUGACUCGGGCCAUAACGCCUGGAUCUCCUACAAACUGGCGGAGGCCACAGACGCCUCUCUGUUCACUGUCAAUCUGUACACAGGGGAGGUGAGGACUAAACGCGCUGUGUCCGAGCAGGACGACUCCUCUCAGAGGCUGCUUAUAGAGAUCAGGGACGACGGGGAACCGGUCCAGUCCUCUACCGUCACGGUGUCCAUCAUGCUGGAGGACGGUCUCCAUGAGCCCAUCUUAGACCUCCGACAAAAAGCGGCCGAGCCCAGCAAGAAAACUGGGAGAAUCACCCUUUAUUUGAUUCUGUCUCUGGCCUCGGUGUCCGUGCUGUCUCUGUUGACUUUUCUCAUCUUAGCGGUUAAAUGCAUCAGGAGCAGCAGAAGCAACGGUAGCUGCUGCAUGAGACGGACCGACUGUGAUGAUUACAAGAAUCCCAACAGAAACCUGCAGAUUCAGCUCAACACUGAUGGACCUAUAAAGUACGUGGAGGUCCUGGGAGGAGACAUGUUGUCUCAGAGUCAGUCCUUCAGGUCCUGCAUGUCUCCAAUGUCAGAGUACAGUGAUUUCACUCUGAUUAAGCCCAGCAGCACCACUGACUUUAAGGAGGUGAUCAGUGUCCUGGAUGCGUCUUUACCUGACAGCACCUGGACCUUUGAGAGCCAGCAGGUGAGCAGAAAACAGCCAUUUAUCUUAAUGAAGAAAAUAUAA